UAGGUUUCUGUGUCAAGGGUGAUGGUCCGUUCAGAGGGUCAGGCUCUAAGACGCCCUCAAGUUUGGCCAUAGUAGAGCGUGGUACACCUCUUACCUUUAUCAAUCUCCUUCAGAUGCCAUGGGAGGACCGCCUCAGGGUAUGUCUUGGUAUAAGUCGGCUGAUGGUCUAUCUUGCUGAGUCACCAUUGGGAUCAAUGGCCGUUCACGACUUCAAGCUUUCUCAGUUCGUCAUCGUUGAUGGAGAGAUCAAACUGGCCGACCUCGAUGAUGUCGACGACAAUCUUCCAUCGUGCUCAACGAGCUCAGACUGUGGCAUCGACAUGGGGACUGACAACAGGGUCUACGCCUUAUGUCAGAAUGGAGUCUGCUCCAACUACCGUCAGAAGUCCAACAUGGCGCAAUCCUACCUCAAGUUCUUUGUCUUCCUACAGCUAGAACAACCACCCGGGAUGAGCGAACUUAUAGGACAGCUUAUCAAUAAUACAAAAAAAUCUUCCUGGUCUCCAAGACAGUGCUUGCAACAUAUGCAGACAAUACUCGACCACUAUCAGCAGGGAAGAUAUACGAACCAAGCACAUACCUUCGAUAUCAAUGAUACACACUACCAAGUAUACCAUGAUCAAAAUAUCAUCGAAGGGGAGGACUACUGGUGUUCUAGAACCAGACAACUCGCUGCGACAUGUGUACUGUCCGUACACGACGAGAACGAAGCAAUAAGAAUGUGUCUUCGAGAUCGACAGUGUGGUGCAUUUGUUUUGUCCUCAGAGAGAACAUGGACGGGAAGAUACAUUGCCCACUUCAAAAAAAGCAUUUCGAAAUCUAUCCAACCUAGCAAGGGAAAUACCAUCUUUGUGUUUCCGACGUGACAAUAACAGGACAAGCUUUGCAGUGGUAUAAUGUAUAUCCAGCAGAUGAAAGCUGUGUACGCCCCCGCAUAAAGUUUGACCCUCACAUCAAUAUUUAAUACUACAACUUGCAGUGGUCUUCGGCAGCGGGACUGUCUCUCAUGAUCAGGAAUAUGUACAUCUAAAUCAUGUGAAAACAGAAAUGAAGGAAAACAAGGUUAAAAAUAAUUUGAUAAUACAGUUAAACAUAUUAAUUUUGUAUCGGUUAUAAAUCGCCCGUGAUUCGGGUGUAUCCUCCAGCAAACAUUAUGUAUACGUGCUUCGUGCAUGGCAAUAACUAUGAAAAUAAUUAUGAUUACAAGAAUUAAUCUUAUUAUCUUAUUGUUCAUCGUAAUCUUUAAAAAUUGCUUUCCGCUGACGGGGAAAGCGAAUCUUUCAUAAUUAUCUGUUACCAUAAUCAGUGAAUCACUGUAUAAAUGAAAUUUAUUACAUACAGUGGCAUACCGUGUAAUUAUUAUUACCGUGAGAAGAUCGAUUUUCGCUGUUUUCAAUAAUUAAUCGCUUCUACAUUGCAAUACAAUAAUUAAUUUUUGUGUAGGCCUAACUAAAUUUCGUAUUAAAUUAUCUAAAACAAAA